GCUCGAACUAGUUUAUCCAUUUUGCCCCUUGCUCUUUUUUGCUCUUUUUGCCAACACGGCCUUGCCUGCCUACACCUAUACCAGGCAGUGCCCCGAGGUCACUGUUCACCAGCAGCUUGAAUAUUAUACUUGAUUUUUGACACACUGCCAGAACCGUUCCGUUCUCUGGAAGGAGCAGGGCAAACACAAACCAGCUUUUGUUAUCAUAUCCUCACGCUUCAGAUGCCUCAUCCGAGUAGCAGCGAUGCUACUGCACAGGGUAGCCCAGCUUCCAGCCGACUACCGCUAAAGCGCAUAUAUAGCAAACUCAUGGACUACUACAGCUACACCGAAUACAAACCAAACCCGGCCCAGAUCGAGCGCAACCGGUGGCCCUGGAUGGCCAUUCCUGCCGGCUUUCUUAUUCUGUUCUGCUACGGGUCCGUAUAUGCCUGGUCAGUUUUCAACAGCCCCAUUAACAAGGCUUUGUCGAAUGACCCAGACAAAGGCCGUGCUGAGACGACGUUCUACAUUGCGCUCGGCGUAUUGGGCGUCACAGGUGCGAUAUUCGGGCCCUGGAUCGAAUCGAGCCAUCCACUGGAGUCGGGCUAUAUUGGCAUGGUGAUGUUUUUCGCCGGGCACCUCAUGGCCGCCCUGGCCAUCCAUGUGAAGAGGUUUGCAUUGCUAUACUUUGGCUACGGCUUUAUUGCUGGCAUCGGACUCGGAAUCGGAUAUGUAUCGACCAUCGACGCUUCCAGCAAGUGGUGGCCGAGGGCGCGUGGUGCAGCGGCUGGAGGCGCCGUGAUGGGGUUUGGCGGUGGGGCUCUGGCCUUCAGCUACAUCAACAAGUGGCUCAUCGGCUCGUACAGUCUUUCGUCUGCCUUCAUAAUCCUUGGCGCGAUCAACAUUUCAGCCAUGUUUGUCUGCAUCCAGUUCAUCUGCCCACCGCCGCCUGGCCGCAAUAUUGAAGGCGUUCCUGUUGUUGACACUAGCAGCGAGGUCCGGGCUGCAUUAGAUCGGACAGCCAGGGAUAGUGCUCCUGCUAAAUCAUCGGUGACCGUGUCUGAGACUCAGCAGUCAUACUAUGCCACCACGCUUGCCACCGAGCGUCCGACUAUCCAUAUAUCCUUGGGCGAGGCCCUAAAAUCGCGCGAUUUCUGGCUCCUGUAUGUGGCAUUCCUGGCCAACAUCGUCUUCUGCUUAGUUGUGCUAUCGAACCUGCCAGCGCUAAUCAACCGCCUGUUUGGACGCGAAGGAAAAGUACCGCAUGCUCCACCUCUGGAAUCGCAUGUAGCCGUGUCGAUUGAGGGCGCAUUCAACAUGAGCGGCCGUGUCUUGGUUGGCUUCAUGUCAGAUAUGAUCGGCCGCAAGACUACGUUUCUCAUCCUGCUCAUCGUGCAAAUUGUCGUGCUCGCGUGCAUCCCAAUGACAAUUACCAGCGGCCACUUCUGGCCGUUCCUAAUACUAAUAUGGAUAGCCACUCUCUGCUACGGCGGCGGGUUCGGCAUGGUCCCUGCGUUCCUGUCCGAUAUCAGCUGCCACGGCGUGUUCCUGACUGCCUGGUCGAUUGCGUCGGUUGGCGGCGGCCUGACAUUCACAGGUAUUGUCAACCACUAUCUGUCAAGUGGUUACAAGCGGUACGAUACAAAACCGUAUAACGUGAACUUUGCCUGGAUGAUGGCACUAGUUGCUGUCGGGCUCGUGUGCUGUCUGCUGAUGCGCUCGUCAAUCAGUGACCGUAUGUUCCCUGCAGCACCCAACCAGAUCCUGCGAAUUCGUAUUUUUGGUCGCAUGCUGCGUGUCUUGUGGGUGCCAGCAGUAGUAUGGCCAGGCGUCGAUUGUCAUAUAUGGCGGUUUGGACGGCUGCACCUGGAGCUGCUGUCCAAAGAGCAGGAGAAGAACAUCUGGGAGGAAUAUCUGCGUUUGUAUGUCGAGCAGCAGCACCAUCUGCAACAAGAGACAGGGAGUGUCGUGUGAUAAUGUAGCACAUAGUCGGCCAGCGGCAAUCCAGCUAUUCCGGUGUAGCCAUUCGCCACUACUAUCUGCUGUUGACUUUCCCAUCCCCAUUCACAGGCUGCUAGGUUUUUGUUUACAUUUAUAAUCGUUUGUUUUCGAUUUCCUUU